CAUUUAUAACACCAAGCUAACCGUGCUUGAUACGUGAGGUUCAAAUGUCUUUGACGUGACAAUAUGACAAAAAACAAAACGACACCACCCAAAAAACAAAAGAAAAAAUAUAUUAAUUAUUUUUCCUCCCCUUUCUAUCCACCCAUCCACACCAGACUGGCCCUUUCCCUUUUACUAUGAAUCAAUGGAGGAUUGAUGCAAUGUAAUAUUUAAGAUUAUUUUUUCUACUUGUAUUAUUAUUGUAUUGUUGUUUGUUGCGAAGAAAAUUCAAGAGACAAAGAGUAACAAUACUGAAAAAAUCAAUAAGUUUCGACGAAUUUUUUCCUCCAAAAUUCAGUCAUAUUUUUUAAAUAAUUUUUCAUGCUCAAUCAAAUUUUCUUGAGGUAAUUCCAAUCCAUGGGAAUGGUUCUACAACUCCUAAUCCAUGUUUGAUUCAAAUCUCACAACGUUUCAACUUGUCAAUUGAGCGUUCUCGUCAAGGCAAUAUUAGUACUGUUGCAAACAAAUUGCUAGUUGUGAACCUUCAAAUUUUUUCAUCGUUGGAGCAAAUUGAAGGAGGUUUAAAGUACGGGAUUGGUAGUCCAUCACAUGGUGCUCCUUUGGAUACAAGCUCACGACGAAUUAAAAACAGCUAUCACGAUGGGAGUUCACAAUGUUUACGACUAUCAAGAUUUGCUUGGUGAAUCAAAAAUUUGUUACACCAAUUUAAUUCCUAGGGUUGAUAGAAGUGCCUCAGUUCAAGAAUCCCCAAAAUUUAUGGUCUCUAACUCUACUAAAUUGGAAUUAGGUUCCAACCUUCAUUUCUCCAUAUAUGCUUGAAGCUUUCACUCCGCCUAGGUUUUAGGCUUUUAGCUGGCAAUUCCCGAUGUAGCAACAUAGUGCUAGGUAUAUUGAAAAUUGGGCACAAGAAAUAUGUAACUCAACAAUGAUUAUGUAAAAUGAAACGAACAGAGUACUUUAAAUGAUAAACCACGGUUAACUAACCAUGCUACAUUUCACCUCAAAUGUUUUUUUUCUCUCUCCACUCCUGGGUAUUCUCUAGACCCAUUUACAUUCCUAUAUAUAUAAACCCCCCCUUCAGUUGAACCCAAUGCCUUGAUCUGAAAAUUAUCUGGAAGGCGUCUUGAUAAACGCCGUUUCCUUUAUUAAAUUCUCGUUGUAGAUUUGAAUUUUGAAUUUGGUCGAUUGUGAAAAUGAGGGAAUGCAUAUCAAUCCACAUUGGACAAGCUGGUAUUCAGGUUGGAAAUGCAUGUUGGGAGCUUUAUUGCCUUGAACAUGGCAUUCAGCCUGAUGGCCAGAUGCCGGGUGACAAGACUGUUGGAGGAGGUGAUGAUGCAUUUAACACGUUCUUCAGUGAAACUGGAGCUGGGAAGCAUGUUCCUCGUGCUGUUUUUGUAGAUCUUGAGCCUACUGUCAUUGAUGAAGUCAGGACAGGAGCAUACAGACAGCUCUUUCACCCUGAGCAGCUCAUUAGUGGCAAAGAAGAUGCAGCCAACAACUUUGCUCGUGGCCAUUAUACAAUUGGGAAAGAAAUAGUUGAUCUUUGUUUGGACCGCAUUAGGAAGCUUUCGGACAACUGUACGGGCCUUCAAGGUUUCCUGGUUUUCAAUGCUGUUGGUGGUGGCACUGGUUCUGGUCUUGGGUCGCUUUUACUCGAGCGUCUCUCAGUUGACUAUGGCAAGAAAUCAAAACUUGGAUUCACAAUAUAUCCCUCACCACAGGUCUCAACAUCUGUUGUGGAGCCUUACAACAGUGUACUUUCAACUCACUCGCUGCUUGAGCACACUGAUGUUGCAAUUCUUCUUGACAAUGAGGCCAUUUAUGACAUAUGCAGGCGCUCACUGGACAUUGAGCGCCCCACUUACACCAAUCUUAACCGCCUUAUUUCACAGGUCAUUUCUUCUCUGACUGCUUCGUUGAGGUUUGAUGGAGCCCUGAAUGUUGAUGUGAACGAGUUCCAGACAAAUCUUGUGCCAUAUCCCAGAAUCCAUUUUAUGCUUUCUUCCUAUGCUCCAGUCAUUUCAGCUGAGAAGGCUUACCACGAGCAGCUCUCGGUUGCAGAAAUCACAAACAGUGCCUUUGAACCCUCUUCUAUGAUGGUUAAGUGUGACCCUCGCCAUGGAAAGUACAUGGCCUGCUGCCUCAUGUUCCGUGGUGAUGUUGUGCCAAAGGAUGUCAAUGCUGCUGUGGCCACCAUCAAGACCAAGCGUACUAUCCAAUUUGUUGACUGGUGCCCUACUGGUUUCAAGUGUGGUAUCAACUACCAACCACCAACUGUUGUUCCUGGAGGCGACCUUGCCAAGGUGCAAAGGGCUGUAUGCAUGAUCUCUAACUCAACUAGCGUUGCUGAGGUAUUUUCGCGCAUUGACCACAAGUUUGAUCUGAUGUACGUCAAGCGUGCUUUUGUGCACUGGUAUGUUGGUGAGGGUAUGGAAGAAGGUGAGUUCAGUGAAGCCCGUGAGGACCUUGCUGCCCUUGAAAAGGAUUACGAGGAAGUUGGUGCUGAACUGGAUGAUGAAGAAGGGGGUGAUGAUGAAGGUGAAUACUGAGUGAAGACAUUGUGGUGUGAUAUGUUCUAUCUUGGUUGUUUGUUAUUGAUGUAUUUCUGUUGCACUCCUAGCUAUUAAUAUUCCGUGUUGUGGUCUUCUAAACGGAAUUGUGCUGUUAUGGAAGUCAAAAUAUGUUCCUUCGACUGUUAUACUAUAUCACUGUGCAAGUCCUUAUAUGAUUUUCUAUUUGCUAA